ACACUACAUGGGCUGUUAUCUCAUGGAGUGUACCUAGUUACAUUCCAUCAGACUAUCCCAUUAUCACAUAUGAGAUUGGAUAUCAUAUUCUUUUUGACAGGCUUUGUUGUUCAAUUGUGAAUGACAAUGAUAUUGAUAUUCAAAUGCUACAGCUCUAUAAUUCAACCAGUGGCAGUACAUUUAUUAACAUUACUGGUCUUAAUGAUAAGUCUUGUUAUAUUUUUGGUGUACAUGCAUACACUGAUAAUGGACAUGGAGAAUGGAUAGUUAUUGCUAACGAGACAUUGAUCAGUACUCAAUUUGUGACUUUAACACUAGUACAUGUACUCACAAGUACAUGUACUAGUACUAGCACUCGAGAAGCAUGCAUAAGAUCAACUAAUACAGUGUUGGGAGCUGUUGAUGAUACUAGCAUUGGACUGGUUGCAGUGGUUGGAUUAUUAUUGAUAUCACUAGUUAUUAGUAUUAUUGUUCACAUCUACCGCUUAAUCAAGCUUAAGUCCUAUCAUGCAACCACCUCUAAACAAACAAACAAAUUCGAUGAUGAUGACAUACCAAUGCAAGCAUGUGAACCAUAUAGUAUACAAAAUAUUACAGAGGCAGCAGAUGAAGAGCCAGGUGUCAAUGCAUAUGCUGAUGAUGCUAUUUAUGAGACAUAAAUAGCAACCUAAUAGAUCUAGCACUAAAAUCAUUUCGCAGUACAACUUUAUGACUACUUACUUUAUUAUUUUAUAAU